AUGAUACUUUGCAGGAGAAACAAUGUCGCCAAACUACUCUAUCUUUUCACUCUUGGGGAACGAACACACUUUGGUCAGAUUGAAUGCCUGAAGCUGUUGGCGUCCCACCGAUUCGCCGACAAGCGGCUGGGGUACCUGGGUACCAUGCUGCUCCUGGAUGAGAAUCAGGAAGUGUUGACGUUGGUGACCAACUCAUUGAAGAAUGAUCUCAACCAUUCCAACCAGUAUAUCGUCGGUCUGGCGCUAUGUGCCCUGGGUAACAUUGCUUCCGUCGAAAUGUCUCGAGAUCUGUUCACCGAAGUCGAGUCCCUCCUCUCCACAGCCAAUCCCUACAUUCGGCGGAAGGCAGCAUUAUGUGCCAUGCGUAUCUGCCGUAAGGUGCCAGACUUGCAAGAACAUUUCCUGGAGAAAGCCAAGGCCUUGCUGUCGGAUCGAAACCACGGUGUGCUGUUGUGCGGGUUGACCUUGGUAAUAGACAUGUGCGAGGCAGAGGAGGCCGAGGAAGGGCAAGAGGGCGUGAUUGAGAUGUUCCGGCCCUUGGCCCCUGGUCUUGUGCGGGCCUUGAAAGGACUGACGACUUCCGGUUACGCUCCCGAGCAUGAUGUCUCCGGCAUCACGGACCCGUUCCUUCAGGUCAAGAUACUUCGCUUAUUGAAAGUACUCGGAAGAGGAGAUGCAGCAACCAGCGAGUUGAUCAACGACAUUUUGGCCCAGGUGGCUACCAACACCGAUUCUACCAAGAACGUGGGAAAUGCUAUCCUUUACGAGGCCGUCCUCACUAUUCUUGAUAUUGAGGCGGAUUCUGGUUUGCGGGUUUUGGGUGUCAAUAUUCUGGGAAAAUUCCUCUCCAACAAAGAUAACAACAUUCGUUACGUUGCACUCAAUACCCUGAAUAAGGUGGUAGCGAUCGAGCCGAAUGCUGUUCAGAGACACCGCAAUACCAUCCUGGAAUGUCUCCGGGACCCGGAUAUCAGCAUCAGGCGACGAGCCCUCGACCUGAGCUUCAUGCUGAUCAAUGAGUCGAACGUGCGUGUCCUCGUCCGGGAAUUGCUCGCCUUCUUAGAGGUUGCCGACAACGAGUUCAAACCAGCCAUGACAACCCAGAUUGGUAUCGCUGCUGACCGCUACGCCCCCAACAAGCGCUGGCAUGUCGACACCAUUCUUCGCGUCCUCAAGCUGGCCGGUGCGUACGUCAAGGAACAAAUCCUGUCGUCGUUUGUGCGCUUGAUCGCCACUACUCCGGAACUGCAGACGUACUGCGUGCAAAAGCUCUACACAUCCCUGAAAGAGGAUAUCUCUCAAGAGGGGUUGACGCUUGCGGCAACCUGGGUCAUUGGUGAAUAUGGUGACAGCUUGCUCCGUGGUGGUCAAUAUGAGGAGGAGGAACUCGUCAAGGAGGUCAAGGAAAGCGACAUUGUUGACCUCUUCAACAAUAUUCUCAACAGCACAUACGCGACGCAGACCGUCGUCGAGUAUAUUACGACGGCAUCGAUGAAGCUCACGGUACGCAUGACAGAUCCUGCGCAGAUAGAGCGUCUCCGGCGCUUCCUCAACAGCCGGACCGCCGAUCUGAGCGUGGAGAUUCAACAGCGCGCGGUCGAAUAUACCAACCUCUUCGGUUACGAUCAAAUCCGCAGAGGUGUGCUGGAACGGAUGCCACCUCCCGAGAUUCGCGAGGAACAGAGGGUCCUUGGCGCUCCCAGCAAGAAGCGCCAGAGUAAGCUGCUCAAAGACAAGUCGAAGAAGCCUGCCAAACAGGCCGAGCAGGACCUGCUCGUCGAUCUCAUGGGCGGCGCCGAUGUUCCGGCAACGAACCCGGCGGCCAAUGGAUCUCAGAACACGGCAGACCUACUUGCGGACAUCCUCGGUGGAGACUCUGGCAUCUCUUCGCCCGCCCCGCAAGCUGCACACGCACCUGCCCAAUCAGUCAACACGAGCGCCAUCAUGGACCUGUUCGGCUCAAACGGAGCAACCCCCUCACCACGCCCAGCGGAGCCGGCAUCCGCAUCUGUGGAUAUCCUUGGAGGACUGGGAUCCGCGCCAUCCCCAGCACCAUCCCCAUCGGCCGCAGCGGUCCAUACAGCGUACAACAAGAACGAUCUUACUCUUACUUUGCAGGUACAGCGAGCUGGUCAUGGGAAUGCACAGAUCCAGGCCCGUUUCCGCAACGUCUCCGACUUUAGUCAAUUCUCCCAUGUCGGCUUACAAGCCGCGGUGCCCAAAAGUCAACGGCUUCAACUCAGCGCGAUCAACAAAUCUGAGCUUUCUGCAGGAGACGAAGGCGUGCAGAUGCUAAAGAUUGCAGCCAUCAGUGGUGCACUCCCACCCAGGCUCCGCCUUCGUCUUCGUAUUACAUACUCAAAAGACGGGUCAGAAUCGGUGACGGAUCAAGUCGACUGGUCCGAGCCUUGA